GCGGGUAAGCCUCAUGCCAUUUCCAGCAUUCUAGGUUUCCGUCUCGCCGCCACCGCCGCCAACUUGUCCCUCGCUCUCCCUCCUGCUCGCCGCAGCCGCCCACCGUUCGUCGCAACCGCCGCCAUGGGCCGCAUGUACGGGCCCGGGAAGGGCAUGUCCUCGUCGGUGCUGCCCUACGCUCGCGCCGCCCCUGGCUGGGUGAGGUCGACCGCCGCGGACGUGGAGGAGAUGAUCGUGCGCGCCGCCAAGAAGGGCCACCUGCCGUCGCAGAUCGGUGCGCUUCUCCGCGACACGCACGGCGUCCCGCUGGUCCACGGCGUCACGGGCGGCAAGAUCCUGCGCAUGCUCAAGGCCCGCGGCCUCGCGCCGGAGGUGCCCGAGGACCUCUACUUCCUCAUCAAGAAGGCCGUCGCGAUCAGGAAGCACCUGGACAGGAACCGCACGGACGUGGACGCCAAGUUCCGCCUCAUCCUCGUCGAGAGCAGGGUCCACCGCCUGAUCCGCUACUACCGCCGCACCAAGAAGAUCGCCCCCAACUUGAAGUACGAAUCCACCACCGCGAGCGCUCUUGUGGCGUGAUGGAUUUGAAUUGAUUCUCUAUAGCUUUGGAGUUUGUCUUAAUCCUAAGGAAGUUAAGUGAUAGUUGUAGUACUUUAUGCUAUGUGAGGUCUUUAAAUUUAUCUACCCGAUGCACCUAAGAAGAGGUGUGUAUCUUGAGACUCAGUUAUGAGACUGGAUCAAGUUCUUGACUUUUGAAGCUGCAUUAUUCAAAAUGGUUUGGAGUUGGGCUUACCUUGAGUAGGUUGGAUGAA